UAUAUUUUUUACUUUUUACUCUAUAUUUGAAAAUUAUUAUUCUAGAAAAAUAUAUUCGAUAAUAUAUCACAUUUAAAAAGGUAAAAUAGUAAAAUACAUUGAAAUGGUCUAAAUUAUAGAAAGAUUAUAGACCAAUAAUUUACAUCUUAUAGAUACUAAUAAAAAUUAUUUUAGCUAAAUAAACAAAUACUAUUUUCUGCAUUGUAAAAUAACUUUAGCAGUUUUAUAAAUUUGAAAAUUCUAUUAAGAGAAACAGGGUAAAAUAAUAGUAGUUAGUAGUCCUUCUCUUUUCCACCCAACUUCUUAUAGUCUAAGCUUAAAACAAAAGGAGAAAUAAUAAUAAUAAAAUAAAACUUAUCGAAUAAGCACAAUGGUUGGAUUCGUCUCAUCAUUAUAAAUACUAAAACACACAUUUGCACAACACACGAAACUCACAUUUCAAUCAAACUCUCUCAAAAAGAAACAAAACACACAGAGAAUUCUAAAAAAAGGUUCUGAAUUUAAAUGGCUAUGGAAGAGAAACUCGUGAUCAACGAAUUGGAACAAGGGAGAGAGCUUGCCAAACGAUUGAUAAGCAAUCUCAAACACACUUCUUCUGUUGAAUCUAGCAAGAUCAUGAUCUCUGAAAUCCUCCGCAUUUACCAGAAUGCAAUUCUCAUGUUGAGCUUCAAGGAAGACGACAAGAACAUCCUUAAGAGAAGCCGCGAGAUCGAAGAGAAGGAUUCUAAAACCUUGUCUAAGAAGAGAAAAUUAUCGGACAAGAAGACAGAGGAAGUUAGGGUUUUUGUCGGAACAGGUUCGAUUGAUGAUGGUUAUUGCUGGAGAAAAUACGGGCAAAAAGAGAUUCAUGGAUCCUCAAACCCUAGAGGAUACUUCAGAUGCACGCAUCGAUUCACGCAGAAGUGUCCAGCACAAAAGCAAGUCCAGAGAUCCGACAAAGAUCCUUCGAUUUUUGAAGUGAAGUAUGUCGGGAACCACACUUGUAACAACAACAGUACUUCCCCAAAGACGACAGCCACGAGCUUUUCGAUGUUUGGAGAAGGAAACAGAGUUGGUUUGACAGAGCAAACCGAAGACAUUAAUAAACCGACGAAAACCGAGGAAGUGGUGAUAAGUCUUGAAGAUCUUGAGUACAAGAAGGACAUUUUCAAGACGUAUUCUUUCUCCAACGAUGAGAUUGAGAACGUUGGUGGAUGGAAAAGCAACAUUUUCCAGGAAAAUCUGUCUCCUGCAACGACAUCAGGGUCUGGGAUGACCAGCGAGAUUGCUACAGCUGUUGAAGAUUGGGGAACUGUAGAUUCGUAUUUCUCUUCGUUGGACAAUAUUAUCGAUUUGGGACAGGACUUGUGGUCGUGACAUUUGAAUCGGUGGAUGUAAUGUUGUCGUGGUAGUAAUUAUAGAUGGUGGGUGUAAGGUUUAUAUUUAGGGAUGUCAGUUGGGCUGUCCAUGUCCAAAGGGCAUGUCCAAAUGGACAAAAUAGUUUAUUGGACAUUUUUUUUUUU